AUGUCUGUUCGACGAACAACCCGUGCGUCUAGUCGGCAAAGUAGUCGUGGUGUCUCGCCGGCUUUUACAGAGUCUUCUGCACUUCCUGUAACAACAUCAAGAAGAGCUGGACCAGAUUCGCUACCUGCAGUAAAUCUUCGGUCGAGUACAGCCUAUGGCAAGGAUCCUUUGUUUCUGGCAACGACGAGAGCUGGCCGGCAUACUGGACAAGUUAUCGAGAGCGUUCUCGGGGAUCUUUUGGAACCCGUGCGAGAAGACGCUACGAAUGCAAGCCAAGCUGCCCGCGCUGCUCGAAACUCUCCAGCUGUUCGUUCCACUACCGGUCGCCCCCGAGGGCGACCUUCGAAGCAACCCGCCCAGUCAAGUGUUGAUCCCGAUCGUACUUUUGGUGAAGAGAGCAACCUCUUUGGCGCAGCUGGGUUUGACACUUCUUCGGUAAAUCAAUCUAGCGACCAAGAAGAUUACGACGAUCUCGCCAAUGAAAGAAAGCCCCUUUCGAAUGUGUAUAAGCCGCUGCGUGGGCCCCUUCAGCAACCACAACCACCGCGCGCAGUUGUCAACCAGCAAACUCCAAAACCAAUUGCUACCCAGCACCGACCAGUGACGCCAAAGACUCCGAUCUUGCAGAAGAAGACUUCUCCAGCAAACAAUAAUCUAAAUGUCCCUAGACCCGUGAAACCCUCUUGGGAAUGGCGAAGUACUUUUGACUCUGUCCAUCAAUACUUGAAAGAUUGGCUGCUUCAUUUAUGGGACGUUAUUCGGGACCUGGUGCCCUUUGCUGUCAAAGUUCUCGGGCUGCUAUUCCUGGGAAUUUUCGCUCUUUCUUUCGUAACCGGAGUUUUCAAUGCUCUGUUCAACAAUUCAAGGACGUCCGACAGCUUUGGCGAAGACGGCGAUAUCGCUGAUAUUGGGUAUCAAUUCCAUGGUCUGGACUUGCGACACAACCUGGGCCAAUUCAUUCCUAAUUGGCUCGCCCAUCCUCUAGAAAAUCUUGGGCCGGACAUCCUUUCUGAUAUCAAUAAUAGCAUCAGAAAUCUGGACUACAAGUAUUCCUACCUCAAACGAAAAACCGAGAUCGAUGAAAAGACCAUUUCCAGGAUCGAAAAGUCUCUUCCCGAUUUUCUUGUUGUAAGAAAGAAUGAUAGGGGCAAAAUGGAAAUCCCGCUCGAAUUCUGGGGGGCUCUUCGUGAUCUUAUUCUAUCGGACGGCGACCUACUACCCAGCUCGGCUCCACCGACUGUGGUUUCGACUGGUGAAGGAGUGUCUAUGAAAGAAUUUGAGAAAAAGGCUGACCAACUAUGGCAAAAAUAUAUCAAAGAGAACCAGGCUAAGAUCACAUCCUGGUCUUCUACCGAAUUUGAGGAAAAGUUCCCUCAUUUAUUCAAAAAGCAUAUUCUUGCUUCCAAGUCCGAAAUUGUGGACAUGAUUCGCCAUAGUUGGAAAGAUAACAAUGAAGCUGUCAAGCAAGAACUUUCAACCCUAUCCAAAAAACUGGAUAAGGCUAGGGACCAGAUCAUCCAAUUACAGGAUACGCCAUCGAGCAUGUCAUCAGACAAGCUCAAAGCCAUGAUCUCUAAUCAUAUCAACAACAUUCUACCUAUUGCCCAACUGGAAGCCCUUAUUAGCGCAAAUGUCAAGGGCAACGUAAACUGGGGCCUUAGCCGCGUUAAUCAUUGGUCCCAUGGCACAGGAGCUGUCAUCAAUAUACUCAUGACUUCGCCUAAUUACGCCUUUCCAAGCAUGAACCAGUGGACGCAUCAAAAGCUUUUCCGAUGGUUUAUUGGAAACCCUGUUCCGACUCCAAACCCCCCAGAAGCAGCACUCACAAAAUGGGACGAACACGGAGAAUGCUGGUGUUCGCCCGCAAAGCACGAUAACGGAUUUGGGCCGACAAUAGGCGUCAUUUCUGGUUCGGAUAUCUUUCCAGAUCAGGUUGUUGUCGAACAUAUCUCCCCAUCGGCUUCACUCGAGCCUGGAGCUGCUCCCAGGGAGAUGGAGCUAUACGCUUACAUUGAGAAUUUUGAUACUUAUGACGCAGUUUCUGGUCUUUCAAAGGAGAUGUUUGGCGAACCUGACAGUAAACUUAAGUACCACUACGUCAAGGUCGCCGAGUGGACCUACAACGCUGAGCUAGGCUCAAAUUCAGCCCAGGCGUUCAAUGUCGCGAUUGAUUUGAAGCAGUUCAGUGCACCCACAAACAAGCUUGUUGUGCGUGCCAAAAAUAACUGGGGAGGAGAUAGCGUGGAGUACACUUGCUUGUACCGAAUAAGAGUCCAUGGGGAGAUUGCUGUUGCGCCUAAAGAUUAG